AACUUACCCUGACAGACAGACAGCUGAUUGUCUUGUCUUGUCAAAUCCUUGAUCCUAUUCCCACCACAGAGUAUAUAUUUUUUACUUAUUUGUAUUGCUAUGAUAAUACUACAAUUAUCACAAAUUGUGAAAUCUGUUUGAAACUACUGAAUAAACUUCUGUAUAAAGACCUGAAAACAAUGGACGAGUGGUUAACUGAGGGUUUAUCCAAAAUAUUUGAUUUUCAAGUUCCUGAAGACUUGAUUGGAUACAUUCUGUCCAUAGAAAAUGAGAAUGAUUUGGAAGAAUACAUGAAAACUUUGCUGGACUUUGAUAAUCCUCAUCACAAAACUUUCUUUCUGGAGUUGACUAAGAGGAAAUUUCCUGGACGAGUCAGCACAAAACAGCAGAAGAAGAAGAAAGGCAAACAGCCAGAGGCAGUGGAAGUGGCGGCACCUAUUGAAGCUGAGAGCAAAACUAAAAAGAAGACCAAGUUUGUGAACCUGUACUCGCAGGAAGGCAAGAAUGCUCAGGUUAUCUUGCUGAAAGGCCGACACCGCUGUGACUGCCAGGCGGCCAAGCACGAGUUGGUCAACAACUGCCUCAACUGCGGCCGCGUCGUCUGCAAGCAGGAGGGCUCGGGCCCCUGCCUCUUCUGCGGACAUUUGGUGUGCACCCCGCAGCAGCAGAAGGAGCUGAACGGCAAGACGGCGGCCAGCGCCAAGCUGCUGCAGUCGCUGCUGGCGGGCGGCGAGGCGGCGCGGCGGCACCGCGACAAGCUGCUGGAGUACGACCGCACCAGCGAGCGCCGCACGCGGGUCACAGAUGACGAUAGCGACUACUUCAACACCAACAGCGUGUGGCUCAACUCCACGGAGCGGCAGGACCUGCAGCGAUACCAGCAGGACCUGCAUGACAAGAAACAUGCCUCCAGGCUGAGCAAGAAGAUGACCUUCGAUUUUGCUGGUCGUCAAAUAAUAGAAGACACUAGUAUCGAGCACGAAGUGGACCAGGAAGAGAUCCGUCGUAUGACUAGCAGUGGGCAAACAUCCCAUGAUUUCGCCUCCGAGUUCACUGCAGUUGGUGGCUUCAGCGGAGACCACGACAGGGAUGUGGCGCCAGGGGUCAAUGCCCCAUUGUUACAGUUCGCGCCAUCCAUCCAGCCGCGGUCGUACGCGUCCAGCACGCGCGCGGCAGGCCCUGCCCCGCGCGUGCAGGACGUGGAGCUGCAGGAGAUGAGCGACGCGGGCCGCUGUCUGUCCAUGCACCAGCCCUGGGCCUCUCUGCUCGUCGACGGCAUCAAGAUACAUGAAGGGCGCACAUGGUACACAAGUCACCGCGGCCGGCUGUGGAUCGCGUCCACCGCCAAACCGCCCGACCAUGACGUCAUCAGAGCCAUAGAGAAUCAGUACAGGGUGCUGAAUCCAGACAUGCAACUGGAAUUCCCCACAUUCUACCCCACCGGCUGCCUGCUGGGCUGUGUCAACGUCGAUGAUUGUUUGAAUCAGGAGGAGUACCAGAAAAAGUAUCCGGAGGGGGAAAGUGACAGCCCCUACGUGUUCAUAUGCUCGAACCCCAUCAGUUUGAGGCUGCGUUUCCCGAUACAAGGGCAACACAAGAUUUAUACUUUGGACAAAACCAUUCACCAAGCAGCCACCAAAUGUAUCCAGAAAAUGUCUAAGGUCAUAUCUAAUGAAGAGGUCAGCGCGGGGUAAUACUAAUUGAAAGAAUGUAUAAAGUUUAAUAAAUUCGGUUAAAAAUACAAUUGUGUUUUGUUAAGA